AUGGCGGAACAGUGGGAUCUGGACGAGGAGGUCGUCCGCCGCUUGGGGGCGCUGGCCCUGGAGCAGCCGGAACUGGUGGAGUCUCUUUCAUUGCAGGGAUCUUAUGCCGGAAAAAUCCAUUCCAUCGGUGAUGCCUUCAGAAAUUUUAAAAACCUCCGAUCCUUAGAUUUAUCAAGAAAUUUGAUCACUAGCCUAAAGGGCAUCCAGUAUUUAUGUUCACUCCAAGACCUGAAUUUAUAUUAUAACAACAUUCCUUCAUUAGUGGAAGUGUCCCGCCUACAGCCUUUAUCCUUCCUCAAAGAACUAGAUUUGAGACUCAAUCCUGUUGUCAGGAAAGAUACAGAUUAUAGGCUCUUUGCCGUGUAUACACUACAAACUCUGGAGAAACUGGACGACCGAAUUGUACGUGACAGUGAGAGAAAAGCUGCCAAGCUGCAUUUCAGUCAGUUGGGCAACAGUGAAAAUUUUCUUUUAGAGGUGGAAAAAAGCUCUAGGGAGAAGACAAUGAAAAACUGUGUGAUGGAUGAGAGGGCUGCAUCAAAAAUCAUUUCUGAUGCUGAUAACAGGAUUGAAACUGACUCAAACAAAGGACUUUUUAUUCCCCUCCCCAACCGGGAAAUAAAGGAAUCCCUAAUGAGUACUUCUGCAACCCAGGGCAACGGUAUACCAGAUCAGAAGUUAGACACUUUCCCACUGGGGACACAGAUGCAGCAAGUGGCAAGAAGGGAAAUGUCAAGUGACAGUCACCAGGAAGACGAAUUCAGACGCUACUCGCCUCAUCAAUCCAGAGUUCAAUCCCCAGAGAAGAUGGGUAGAGAAGGCUACCGAGUAUCUUUUUUGGCCAGUAAGUCAUCGGGUUCUUCUCCAGAAAAGGAAUUGAAACAAAAACCUGAUACAUACCAGCUUACCCAUGAUGCCUCAUUGGGUAAACGCCUGGAUGUGGGGGACUCUAGCCAGAUCCAUCCCUAUCAGUUUCCUUCAGAUGUUGGUCUGGAAAAUUAUGAUAGUCAUUAUCCUCAAACUCUUUCCCUGCAUGAAAGUCUUGGUAAAAGGCCUCACAGAAACAAGAGCUACCGAGAAUAUAGCACAAAGCCUUCAAAUGACAUGAAGGCCACUGCAUCCCAUCCCUGUGGAGACUUGCUGACUUCUCUGUCUAAUCCUGACUACAGCACCAGAAGGCUCUUGAAACUUAGUUCAGAUCUGUACGCCACAACCCAUUUCAACAGUGAUCCUGCUCUGCUGGUCAGUGUAGAGCAGCAGCUACCCACCAGCCCCAGUGACUUAACACCAGCACAUGGUUCUUUCUCAAACAACUCUGUCCUGGGAAACUCUCUGCGAACACUGAUGCUGCCAUCUGGGACUUCAGAAGACAGAGAGAUUUUGGCCAAGAGGUCAUUAAGCCCGUCGAAGAGAGGAUUCAAACGGAAGGACAAUAUCCUUGCCACCCUGAACCCAAAGCAUGGUUUCAGAGAGGCUGCAGGCAGUGAGUCUCUCUCUAGUGACCUGGGCAGUUUGCAUGGUUUGCCAGGAAACCACAGUCCCCCGCUCCCUGCCAGAACCUCCCAUGUGGCGACUGUCCUCAGACAGCUCCUAGAGCUUGUGGAUAAGCACUGGAACGGCUCGGGCUCCCUCCUCCUCAACAAGAAGUUCCUUGGUCCCGCCCGAGACUUGCUCCUGAGUCUGGUAGUCCCUGCUCCUUCUCCUCAAUGGUGUCGUGCAAACCCUGAAGAUGUUUCAAAAGCCUUCCAAAGGAGAGAUCUUGAACUGCAGGAGGCUGGGCAGCUCAUCCCUAACGACACGGAAAGUUUGAAGCAAAAACUCGUCAGAGUGCUAGAGGAAAACCUCGUUUUAUCUGAAAAAAUUCAGCAGCUGGAGGAAGGUACUGCCCCAUCAGUUGUGAGUGGGCACCAGUCUAAUGCUUAUGAUGAUCUUCUGCACAAAAACCAACAGCUGAACACACAGGUGGCUUGCCUGAGCCAGGAGCUUGCCCAGCUGAGAAAGCUGGAGGAGACAGUGGCCCUUCUUCAUGAAAGUCAGAGAUCCCUGGUGGUAACUAAUGAGUAUCUGCUGCAGCAGCUGAGUAAAGAGCAAAAAGAUUAUUCCGGGAAAGCACUCCUGCCUCCUGAGAAGAGCCAUCAUUUGGGGAGAUCGUCGCCCUUUGGGAAAAGCACGCUGUCUUCCUCCUCCCCAGUGGCACAUGACACCAGUCAGUAUCUAAUACAGAGUGUUUCAGAUGCUAUCCCAGAGCCUAGUGUGUGGAGCUAA